AAAAGAAGAAGAAGAAGGGGAGAUACAGGUCAAAAGAAGAAGAAGAAGAAGAAGAACAAUUUCAUAACAAACAGGAAAAAAAUAAACAAAAACAUGGGAGUGUCUUGCAAGGUAAUGAAACCGAGCCUGUCUUCCAUCAUACUCCUCUAAAUCCAUCACUGCCAAGGUGAAGAGCACCAAAAUGGAGCCAGAUACAGUAGAGGCAGAUGAUGACUUGCAGAACAUGCCGGCCAGUGUGAUGGAAUGCAUCAUACAUGGGCUGAAUCAAAAUGAUGCCUGGUUGACCAUGGCAAAAAAUCUCAAGGAUGGAAGGGGCAAAAAAGCAAUAAGUGAUGCAUCUUUGUCCCAAAUGAAAAAGACAUCAUCGCCUGGGAGACAACUUAUUGAUAUGCUAAUGAGAAACCUUUUGAGAGUGAGGGAUUUCCAGGCCAUGCUGGAAGGAUGUCAACUGUAUGACAUUUUGAAGCUUAUAAACACAAGUGAGCCAGCUAAAAUCGUGAUUCCCGAAAGAGAUGCCUGCUACAGAGUCAAACUAGGCUCCCCCAAGGUUGAAUUUUUUGUGGAAGUGUGUGGGUCUCCUUACCCUGACAUCCAGUGGUAUUUUAAUGGGAAACCUUUGAUGGGGAAGACCUCACCUGAACUGUCGCUGGAAAAUUUUAGCCUCAAAGAUGUGGGCGAGUACACUUGUAAGGUUAAGCAGAGACUCCACGGGGCUGUAUCAGAGCUGACCUCACCCAAGUAUAUCUUCACUCCAGACGACUCUCCCUCCAGAAUUUUGAAAGACCUUGAAGAUGUGGAAAUAAAAGCCAAUGACGAUCUCACCUUGUCCUUCGAAGUGACUGGAUACCCUGAGCCCCGGUGCUUCCUGUGGUUUAAGAACAACAUGUUUAUAUCAAGAACUGAAAUCCCACAGCUCCGUAGAGGAAAAGCAGAUAUCCACAGCUCCGGUGAAUACCACUGUCAGGUUGCAAAUAGAGCAGGAAGAUGUACGACAAGGAGAGCUCUUGUCAAGAUUAAGGAGGUUUCCAUGUGCUCAGAAAAGCCAGAAAUCAUCAAGCAGCCCAGAAUGAACCAAGGGUACUACUACGUGGGGGACAAGAUAUGCCUGUCCUGUGAGGUUCUCUGCAGCAAGCCGGUGGAGUUUGCCUGCUUUCUUAACAAGGAUAUGCUCGCUAAGAACAGUCACAUCCAUGAUAUCACCAUGUGUGUGUCAAGGGAUCGCCACAAGUUUGAUCUCAAGUACCUUCUGACCAAGGAACAACUGGAUAAGGAAAACUGGAAGCCCCUGGUGUUCAGAUUUGAAGUUUCGUCUUCAGGUGGCCGAACUCUGGCCGAUGAUGUACAUGUGAAAGUGAAAAAAAGAGAUGUAAAAGAAUCUUACUUUGCAAGAAACAAGUGGGCAUUGUUGAUAGGAAACUCUAAUUACCCGAAAAGAGUAAAUCUACCGGCUGCAAAAUGUGACCUAAAGAUUAUAUGGAAAAACUUUGUAGAGUUGGGAUUUCGGGUCUUGAUGCUGACCGACCUCAAGAGGACGGAAAUCCAAAAUGCUGUCAGACUCUUCUCAACAUUCUUGCAGAAAGGAGACUAUGUUUCAUUCUGUUAUGCUGGACAUGGCCUCCAUAAUGAUGGGAAAGACUACAUCAUACCCUUGGAUGCUAGUGAAAAACUUAUAUCAAAAACUCAAAACGCUUACACAGAAAACAUUGUCACGGUACCCAUUGAUGAGUGCAUUUCUUAUGUGUGGAUCUUCAACAUUCUCCAAGAGAGUGAACCGGCCCUCAUAUUUUCAAUUUAUGACACUUGCCGCCCCAUGACACCAAAGUACGAUGGAUGCCAGCCACUUGCAUCUCAGGAUGCCUACCAGACAGCCUUGAAUAAUUCCUUCACCAUAUUUGGAACAUCAGAGGAUUAUGCAGCUUAUGAGGAUGACGAGGUCAACACUUCCCUUCUAAUGGGUACUCUGCAGGCCUUGAUGACUCGGAAGAUACCAGUCAAAGAACUAGCAAAUCAGGUGUUGGAAAGCUUUUAUUUACCGAGUGACAGCAUCCCUGAAGGAGAGAAACCACAGGUGCCCAAGAUCGGCGGGGACUUGGCCAAACCACUGUCGUUAACGGACCCUUCUCGGCCAGAGGAAAUUGAUACAUCAGAGAAGGGUGUCUGUAUGAAGUGGGAAAGUCUCGGAGGUCUUGGAGGGAGCAUUCAAGAUUCCAUUGCAUUGAUAGACACUAACAUAAAAGUGAGUGCUUGUUGGAAGGCCGAGUCACCUAGAGAUGGGGUCGCUUGGGUCAUCAGCAACUGUUUGGAGCUUGGGGUCACCCUGUCUCGCGAGGGGCACCAGGGCCAGCAGAGAGUGGAUGUUCAGAUCAGGCUCUCCAACAGGAAAAUGGCCUCGGGAAAGAUGGGUACCGAGUUUUAUGCCAACUUCAUAAUUCCUCAUCUCCAGGCUUUUGAGGAAUGUUUGGCGAUCGAGCUGCUUCUCACCUACAGAGGACAGUUGUAUAAGAAGAGGUUGUAUUUGGAGAGCCCAGCAAUUUCUCAGAAGUUCUAUAGGGGGAAUUAUAUAUAGGGUAAGUUUUGUAGUUAGAGUUGAUGAGGUGUGGACCACAUGACUUUGCUCUCUCCUGUUAAGAUUAAUUUCUGUGUAUUUACCUAGUUGUGGUGUCUUGUCUCCAUAACUGCAUUUGCUCAGUGUGUGUGUGUGUGUGUGUGUGUGUGUGUGUGUGUGUGUGUACUCAUUGCCAACACUAGAAUUAAAUAGGAAUAUGAGACUGCCAAUAGUGCAGGAACAUAGGUCUCCCUUGAUUUAUGAUUGUGGUGUUCCUAAAGAUGUUAUUGUAAACCAAAAUAUCAUAAAUCAAGUUCUAUAUACAUGAUGGGGUCAUAGGUGAUGUGUCCUCGGGUCUCCCUAAACCCACAGUAACACAAUGAUGUACAGUGACUCACAAUGACUUAAAAUAACUGCAAAUGACUUAUGACAACUUAGCACAGUUACUGAUACGUUUUUAGCCCAACACCGGCACCGUUAAGCAGGUACCGUUAGUGAGGUACUGACUCUUCAACUCUUGGCUCUGAAUGGCGGGGGUGAAUGUGUUUCCCACCCCACAGUUUCCUCUAUUGGAUACACUCAUUUUCGGGACACUUAGAAGACAUCAACGACUAUACAGAUUGAUCAUACAGGUAAUUAUUUUAAUGAUGAAAUACACCACUGACACUCGCCUGGCAGGUUUGAAUGAUGGUGUGGGAAUGUGUGUCCAAUACAUUAGAAAUCAAGGGAGACCUGUAUGUGUGUUUAUGGUAUGUGAAUAUACCUUUUACUGGUGACUGGUAUAUUUAUGUGAUGCUCAACUUGAAUUGUUUAUCCCGGUUAAUAUAAUUUUAUUCCACACUGUUUCCUUGUAAUGUAGUUAUUGAGGAGGGCUACAGAGGUGGAAACAGUUAAGGUGUACUCUAUUUUAACCCGGUAGCAGCGGGGAUCAUGUUUCUUAAUGGUCCCUCCAACUGAGAAAAAUGAGAAAAAUCAUCCAUCACACAAACCAUUUCAUAAUAUAUAUCAAAGCAUUUGUGAUCAGAUUAUGUAUCAUCUAUUUUUGGGGGGUUUAUAUCAUGGCACAAAAUUGGCUCGUCGCUGCUACACGGUAAAGCCACAAAUUUGCCUGUCGCUGCUACCGGGUUAAGGUCCUAGUGCAUCAAAAUCAGGGCUUAUCUGUGUCUGUGUAAAGGUCACCCCCACCACUGUUGUCUUGGUAAACCUCACACAUGCUACCACUUCUUCACAAAUAAAUAACUAGGAGAUGUGGGAGUCACACAGUUCUUUUUCAAUACUGGUCCUCAGACAAACCAUGCAGCACUGGUGUGGGUGGACUCACUGAUGUCAUUAUUAUUGGAGGUGAUCUCUUGCUAUUCAGUGGGAGAUGGAAGUUGUCAGCCAUCAAGGUGCCUUCAGUGGAGCUCAAUUUGUAAUCUGUAAUUGUGUAUAGAUAUUUGAAUACUUUUAAUACUCAACAUUCCAAUUCAGUUUUAUAAGGAUUUGCAAGUACAUCCAUGGCUUGAAUGCAGGGUACAGUAUCCUCCAGCUCCUAUAAUGUCAGUUGUACUAUAUAGUGUUGCUCAGUCAUUACUCCUGCUGGAGAUUCAUAAUUUCAUCAGCUAAUAAGUGCUGCAAAUAUUUUACUAAUUGCUCCAGUGUAUGAUACUAUAUUCUGUAUAUGAAAUUUCAAGAUAUAUUGAUCUAUUUGGUAUAAAUAAAACCAAAUUAUAUA